ACGAAGAAUUAAUAACUGUCGUAGGCUGUUUUGCGAUAGCUAAGGAACGUAAUACUAAUAAUAUACACGAAAAAACUGAGUUUGAAGAAUAAAAAUAUUUUGAACACGAGUAGCAAACAUUUUCCUAAAGAAAAAAUUGAAUUACUAAUACUAGUGCGUGGAGGAAAAGUCUCGAAAUUAGUCGAAAGUGACUGCGUGGAAACAGCGUGCGUGUGUAGUACCGGGAAGAAUAGUGCAACGUAAUCGGAAAAAUUCGUUACCAAAAUGAGCGUAAGAUUGGUAGAGAAGAAAGAAAACGUUAUAAAAAAUUCGACCGGCGUAAUCGGAAACGUCGUCAAUAGUUCAGAUGACGUUUGUAAUGGAACCGUCGAAUGGCAAAAUGGACAGAAUCUCCUAGUUGUUACACAGGAUACUCAGGGCAAAGAGCUAAUUGCAAUCGCUGACAAUCAGACUAUUAAUGUUGCAGUUGAUUCCUACUGGUUAUUGGAACUUGCCCAUAGAGAAUAUCAGGCAGGAGAUUAUGAAAAUGCUGAAAGACAUUGUAUGCAAUUAUGGAGGCAGGAAACAAAUAACACAGGAGUCCUUCUACUAUUGUCUUCUAUUCAUUUCCAAUGUAAAAGGCUAGAAAAAUCUGCUCAUUAUAGUAGCUUAGCGAUAAAGCAGAAUCCCUUAUUGGCAGAAGCUUACAGCAAUCUUGGGAAUGUUUUCAAAGAAAAUGGCCAGCUACAAGAAGCUUUGGAAAACUACCGUCAUGCUGUUAGAUUGAAACCAGAUUUCAUUGAUGGAUACAUCAAUCUAGCUGCUGCAUUAGUUGCUGCUGGGGAUAUGGAACAAGCAGUUCAAGCAUAUGUUACUGCUCUACAAUACAACCCUGAUCUGUACUGUGUGAGAAGCGAUCUCGGUAAUCUUUUGAAAGCAUUAGCAAGACUUGAUGAAGCUAAGGCCUGCUAUCUAAAGGCGAUUGAAACGCGUCCAGACUUCGCGGUCGCAUGGAGCAAUCUUGGCUGUGUCUUCAAUGCCCAAGGAGAAAUAUGGCUGGCGAUUCAUCACUUCGAGAAAGCCGUGGCUCUGGAUCCCAACUUUUUGGACGCCUACAUCAAUCUUGGCAACGUUCUCAAAGAGGCCAGAAUCUUUGAUAGAGCUGUAGCUGCUUAUCUGCGUGCUUUGAAUCUCAGCCCAAACAAUGCAGUCGUACAUGGAAAUUUGGCGUGUGUUUACUACGAACAAGGGCUUAUCGAUUUGGCGAUUGAUACAUACCGUCGUGCUAUCGAGCUACAACCGAAUUUCCCAGAUGCUUACUGCAAUUUGGCAAAUGCGCUCAAGGAGAAGGGACAAGUGGUCGAGGCUGAGGAUUGUUAUAAUACCGCUCUUCGCCUCUGCCCCUCACAUGCCGAUUCCCUUAAUAAUCUGGCCAACAUAAAACGCGAACAAGGAUACAUCGAAGAGGCAACUCGAUUGUAUUUGAAAGCGCUUGAAGUAUUCCCUGAGUUUGCUGCGGCUCAUAGCAAUCUGGCUUCCGUAUUACAACAACAAGGAAAAUUAAACGAAGCAUUAAUGCAUUAUAAGGAGGCGAUUCGUAUUCAGCCGACUUUCGCGGAUGCUUACUCGAACAUGGGCAAUACCCUGAAAGAAAUGCAAGAUAUACAAGGAGCUCUUCAAUGCUAUACGAGAGCUAUUCAAAUUAAUCCUGCUUUCGCUGAUGCUCAUUCCAAUUUAGCUUCGAUUCAUAAAGAUUCUGGAAACAUUCCUGAAGCUAUUCAAUCAUACAGAACUGCACUGAAGUUAAAACCUGAUUUUCCGGAUGCGUAUUGUAAUCUGGCACAUUGUCUUCAGAUUGUUUGCGACUGGACUGAUUAUGAAGCUCGAAUGAAGAAAUUAGUUUCAAUCGUUGCUGAGCAACUGGACAAGAAUAGACUACCUAGUGUACACCCGCACCAUUCCAUGCUCUAUCCAUUAUCUCAUGAGUUUAGGAAGGCUAUUGCUGCUAGACAUGCAAAUCUAUGCAUCGAGAAGAUUCACGUUCUACAUAAACAACCUUACAAAUAUCCACGUGAAAUUGGUGCUCGCUUAAAGAUUGGAUACGUUUCGUCCGAUUUUGGAAAUCAUCCUACUAGUCAUCUUAUGCAAUCAAUUCCGGGACUCCAUGACAGACAGAACGUUGAAAUUUUCUGUUACGCUCUCAGUACUGAUGAUGGGACUACUUUUCGAGCAAAAAUCGCUAGAGAAGCAGAACAUUUCGUUGACUUAUCACAAAUUCCGUGCAAUGGAAAAGCAGCUGAUCGUAUUAAUGCGGAUGGGAUACAUAUUUUAGUAAACAUGAAUGGGUAUACAAAGGGAGCGAGGAACGAAAUAUUUGCUCUACGACCAGCACCAGUUCAAGUGAUGUGGCUUGGAUAUCCGGGAACAUCAGGUGCUAGUUUUAUGGAUUAUUUAAUUACCGACGAAGUAACGUCACCUUUGGAACUUGCUAAUCAAUAUAGCGAAAAGCUUGCUUACAUGCCACACACGUAUUUCAUUGGAGAUCACAAGCAAAUGUUUCCACAUCUAAAAGAACGACUCAUAUUAACGGACAAAUUGAACAUGAAGGGCAAAGUAGCAGAUAAUGUAGCUGUGAUAAAUGCCACCGAUCUUUCUCCAAUGAUUGAAAAUACAUGCGUUAAGGAAAUUCGCGAAGUACUAGUACCGGAUGCCAAAAACAAACCAGUAGAGAUUUCGUUAAAAGUUGCAGAACUGCCAACUACUACUCCUAUUGAGACAAUGAUUGCUUCUGGACAAUGUCAAAUGUCCGUGAAUGGUGUUGUAGUUCAAAAUGGUAUGGCCACCACACAAGUGAACAACAAAACAGCAACAGGUGAAGAAGUGCCUCAAAAUAUUAUGAUUACAACGCGACAACAAUACGGUCUGCCAGAAGACGCAGUUGUUUAUUGCAAUUUUAAUCAAUUAUACAAGAUUGAUCCGCUCACACUUCAUAUGUGGGCACAUAUUCUAAAACAAGUGCCAAACUCUGUGCUGUGGUUAUUGCGCUUUCCGGCCGUUGGUGAGCCAAAUUUACAAGCAACAGCUCAACGGUUAGGUUUAUCUCCUGGUAGAAUUUUGUUCAGCAAUGUUGCUGCAAAGGAAGAACACGUCAGACGAGGACAGUUAGCUGACGUAUGUUUAGAUACACCGCUUUGUAAUGGUCACACUACUAGUAUGGAUGUUUUAUGGGCUGGAACUCCAGUGGUUACACUACCAGGUGAAACAUUAGCAUCUCGUGUUGCUGCUAGUCAGUUGAAUACUUUGGGAUGUCCCGAAUUAAUUGCACGAACACGGCAAGAAUAUCAAGAUAUUGCUAUUCGUUUAGGCACUGACAGAGAAUACUUGAAAGCAAUACGAGCUAAAGUGUGGAAAGCAAGAUCCGAAAGUCCGUUAUUCAGUUGCAAGCUGUACGCAGUGGGCAUGGAAAUGCUGUACAAGAAAAUGUGGGAACGUUAUUCACGAGGCGAAAAACCUGAUCACGUGGCCGCGGUAGAUAAAACCGAGAGGGACAAAUUAUUAGCAGCUGCAUCUUAAGAAUGGUUUCCGUGUGUCUAUUUUUAUUUAUACAGCUUUAAUUCCACAUCUGUUUUUUCUGAAAACUUAGCAUUUAAAACAGAUGAUCGAUGAUCUAUUUUAUGAAGAUAUGAUUCUCACAUAAAUCCCGUAUUCUCUGAUAUUUACUGUUUUGUAUGAUAAAUCAUCGAGCUUAGAUUAUAUAGGAUAACAACUUACGUGAACGUUCAAUCAAACAUUUGACGUUUCAACAAAAAAUUAUGGAUUGUUAUACCAUACGAGUCAUAAGAAAUAAUUACAUUCACUUGUGUUAUGCCACCGUAUCUUUCAUUUUAUUAUUUAUGCGUAGAAUAUAUUACAAUUUCGUAGGAUAUUCCCGAAGUGUCUCGAAGGCAGCAGGUGUGUGUCUGCAUUUUUUUUUUUUAUUAUUUUUUUUUAUUUUUCUCGCCUUUUAUUUCUUUUUCCCUUUUUUGUUGUAACAUCAUAUGUUGACAGGGUUGGGUGGGGAUAUGUAAGAAAUUAAUAGUUUUAUUUUCUUCCUUUAUUAUAAGGUACAGAAAUGUAUGUAUACCGAGAAAGGUUUGUAUUAACGAGAAAUUUGCAGUUGAUAUUACUGUACUCAUUCGUAAGUUGCCUUGAUUUCGAGGGUUUCUGACGUAUGACUCGUUGACUAUGUCGAGUAAAUGUGAAGAUGUUUUUCUGGUCAUUCUUUGCGAAGUUAUAGUGAUACGCGUCUUUUACUUCGAACACGAUUGGUUUCGUAGAAGAAGGUUAAAGGACGGGGAAAAAGUUUGGCAGUAGAUUAUUCGCACCAAGAUGUUAUUAAUAGAAGCCGCUGACAGCAAAAAGAUGCAAAUUGUAUUAUAUACAAUCUACUAAUGAUAGACGUGUAAAUAUUAAGAAGAUAGUUAGUUACUGCUUUAGUUUGAUAGCGCGUAAAUUAAGAUUGAAGAAAUGUGUGAGAUAGCGAAAGACGUCGACUGUAGCAAACUAAUGUACGUCUAUAUAGAAUAAAAAAACGAUUAAGAAUAUAAUUUGAAAGAAUGUGGAUGUUGUGUUGUAAGAAUGUUCCGAUGAAUAUGUGAUCCGUAAGUUUGAUUUCUUUUCGUGGAAUUCUUACUUGAUCUUUUGAUAUAUCAGUUUCGCAUAGAGAAAUUACAGGUAAUGCUUGGAAAAAAUACUUGCUAGAAUUUCUUAUCUUUAAUCGAAACAAUUUAUUCUAUACAAUUUACAACGGAAGAAAGAAAUGCAUUUGUUAAUUUAGAAUGAAAUUUUGUCUAAAAGUUGAGAAAUUUAGACAAGUAGAAAAGAGUAGUUUAUAAUGUCUUAUUAAAUUUAUUGUAUGUAUGACCUCAUCCGCCCACCGUGUGUGUGUUAUUAACAUUGCACUGUCUCGAUAAUGAGUAAUUGUCCCCAUUACGCACAAUUUACAUCGGAAAUACAGAUGUAAAAAUAGCCUUUAAAACAUUAACAUUUUCUAAUUUUUAUUUUCGAUGUAACUGCAAAAUCUUGUAUGUCAGACACGAAAUUACUUUAUAUGUGAAUGAAAUGUAAAAUUCAAAUACUUCG